UCUGAUUGGCGUGUUUUAUGUUAUACUCAUUCCGUAGCGGAGUCUAAAUCGUCUAAAUUCUCAUGAAGAAUUGUCGCUUUAGAGUCAUGUCUGGAAAAAAAUAACAUUUGGAAAUGUCGUUGACUGUUAUCUUACGAAGUUGUGUUAAUCUCAGAGGAAAAUGCGACCGUUUGGCGACGAUAACUUUUCGCGGAGUGACAUAUCAGUCAAGCAUCUAUGAAAAUUGUUCAGAGGCUGAAUGGGAUGAGGAAUAUGAGUGGCCUUUGGUCAGUCCAUUGGACCCAAGCGAGUUCAUUGAGGUUGAGGUUUAUAACUUCAACAAAAUAUUCAACAAUAGGUUGGUUGGGGUAUUUCGCAUGGUCUUACAGAAGCUCAUUCAGGAUGGACACUUGGAAAUUCAAGAGAGCUUAGUUGAUUCAAACAACACGGUCCUUAAGGCCCAAGUUUUUGUAGAACUCCUCUAUGAUCCACCCGACGGUGAUGCUAUUGAUGCAGGAUGGCAAAGCGACAUCCUCCCCGGACCCGUGCCUAUUUCCGGCGAACCAAUAGAACAGCCUUAUCAACCUCUUGUGAACAUCGGUGACAAUGGCUCAUGGGAAACAAGUUUUCGCGCCAUGACAGAAGCGGAACGUAGACGAUCGCAUUUGUUGCUGCAGGAGUCAAAUCGUCCUGCUGGACGACCCAUUGGUAGCAUGCCGAACAUCCCAAUGCUUUUCACUAAUGAUGCUGCAACACAAGAAAUCGAGUUAGGUUUGCUUUAUAGUAGGAAGGAAUCCUUACCCAACAUGAAUAGUACAAGUUCCAAUGCUGCUGUCAAUCCCGAAAAUUCUAUCGUUGCACCUUUUGAUAAAAUGUGGCGACAAGAAAGUAAUGGCGCGAGGGAAUCUUUCAACGUCAGUGAACUCAAAGGUCAUAGUCAUCCUCGUGUCAGAGAACGAAAAAAAGAGUCGGUGAAGGAACUGGAUUAUCAGGUUCAAGUUCGUGUGUUGGAAUGUCGUCAGUUGGCUGGUACUCAACUUGAUCCAGUGUGUACUGUGACUGUUGGUAAUCAAAAGAAACAUACUGCUGUGAAGGAGCAGACAAAUUGUCCUUAUUGGGAUGAGUUCUUCGUGUUCGACUUCAAGAUGCCUUCAUCUGUUCUCUUCGACAAAAUCAUUAAUCUUCAGGUUUUUACCGGAAGAAAUUUGGUAUCCCAGGGAGCUCUGAUUGGAUCUUUUAAGUUGGAUGUGGGCACAGUUUAUGCCCAGGUCGACCACAGAUUUUGUCGUCGUUGGGCUGUUCUUACGGAUCCAGAAGAAACGCUUGGAGCAUCAGGCGCUGGCGUGAAGGGGUAUUUGAAAGUGGAUAUAACUGUCCUCGGUAAAGGAGAUCCUAUAAAGGAAGCACCCGCCAUCAAAGACAACGAUGAAGAUAUAGAAGGAAAUCUGUUAUUACCGGAAGGCGUUCCUGCUGAAAGACCAAAGGCCCAAAUAAUCGUCAAGAUUUAUAGAGCUGAAGGAUUACCAAAAAUGAACUCUGGAUUGAUGGCAAACGUGAAGAAAGCAUUUACGGGCGAGGUUCGAGAUUUGGUAGAUCCAUACGUCGAGGUUUCUUUUGCUGGACAUAAACAAAAAACGUCGGUAAAAAAGCAUACGUACGAACCAGCAUGGAAUGAACAAGUUGUGUUUGCAGAACUAUUUCCGCCACUCUGUCGACGAAUCAGAUUACAGCUAAAAGACAGUGAUUCUGUAUCGGAUGAGGUAAUUGGGACACAUUUCAUCGAUCUCUCCGCCAUAUCAAAUGAUGGUGCAAACGGAUGGAACAGUGAUCUUUAUCGUCCUGUACCAACAGGAAAAUCAAAGAAAAAACGAAAGGCUGAUCGACAAUCAUCGUCAGCUGAUGUUGGUUUCAUGCCGACUUUUGGACCGUGUUGGGUAAAUCUUUACGGAUCGACAAGAGAUUAUUCACUUUUUGACGAGCACAACGAUCUCAACAAUGGACUGGGUGAAGGUGUAUCGUACCGUGGUCGCUUGCUGAUGGCCGUACAGGCAGAGACGGGUGAAUCUGCUUCAGACUCUGGAAUCAAACAAGUCGAAGUAGAAGCAGCUGCACCCAUUUCUGAGACGGCAGCAGGUAAAGAGGAACAAUUUCAGUUGUUCGCCUGUCUUUACGAGGCAUCAAUGAUCGAUAGAAAAGUUGGUGAUAAAAAUAUUCAAUUUGAAAUGACCAUUGGAAAUUACGGAAUCAGCUCGAUCGAACGGAUGAAAAAGUCACAAAAGAUUCGGAGGACAAUCCAUACGUAAAAUCCCUUUCGCCUCCAGCUCGACCUGUCACCAACAACAGGCAAUACUAUCAUAUACCUUGGGAAGAAGCCAAACCUUGCCUUCACAUAAAAUUUCCUGGCAGGAC